GUAUUCACAUACCGACGGAAUUAUCAAGUUGAAAGCGCCGUGUCGAGGGAUUUUCUCAGUUUACUUUUUCCAUUCACGUGUCAACUAUUAUCACAGUCUACUCUUGUUUAAUAAUUCAUCAGUUCGCGACGUAGAGUAAUAUUUAGUAGCACGUGUGCGCGCGUGCAACCGCGAACGACACGCAAACCUUUAUGUGCUUAACUUGCAAUUCUCUUUUAUCUCAUCAGAAGACAUCCACAUGUCGCUCUAAAAAAUACAAAUAAGAGAAUGAAGCUUGAAGGAAUGAAGGUAAAUAAAAGCCAAAGUUAAUGGAAGAAGAAAAAUAAAAAAUAAAAAUAAACAAAUACCAGAAGCCAGGAAUUUUGUCGCUGUUACGCUUUCUUUGUGAUCCUUGGAUAUUAUUAGAAAUUUUAUAGCUUCUCAAUCUUUUGAGGAGAUAUUUAUGGUCACAAGCAUAAAAGAAAAUCUAUAUUCGAUUGAAUCUCUGGUUCUUAUUUAAUACGAUGUCGUUUAUUCAAUGGCAGAUUCUUUUCAUAUUUAUUCAGUGUUUUUUUUUCUCUCCAAUCAAUAUCAAGCAUCAGCGAAGUGCUUUAAUAACUAACGACUUUACAGGAAUCCAUUUCUUCGCUCUUUUUUACCUAGAUAUUUGAAUCAGAUUAUACCAUAUUUAUGUGCAAUAGAAUGCUUACAACCCGCAAAUAAAUUAUUGAUCAAAUAAUAUGGCUAUCGCUCACAAAAUCAAACACGGGAACAGAAUGUUGAGUCAAGUUCACAGACAAACAGGAAGACCAUUAACGCAGCGCAUAUUGUCCCAUAUACGUCGUGCAAAAGAAAACGAAUAUCGUGGCUCAAAUUCGCCUCUCUACAAGUCAAUAUGUCCACUAAUUUACGCGACUCGCGUGUUUGGACUAGCGCCGUAUGAAUUUGAGAAUAAUAAACUCGUCCCAUCAAAUUCUUACUUGAGUUUUGCAUUUUUUUGGUUCUGUGUCUACACCUACGUCAUCUGGCGUUACGUUGACGGCGUUUUGGAUCCCAAAACAAAUAUGAAGACAACUCUUUAUCAUACGCAAUUCGUUAAAACUAUGGGUAAUUACUUGGUAGCAAUAACGGACUUAAUAGUUUGCAUAAGUACACGAAAAGAAAUAAGUUGGAUUUGGAAUAAAAUCGAAGACUACGACCAAGCAAUGCGAGAUCUAGGAUACGCGAGAAAUGAAAAAGAAACUCGGGUGGUGGUUUGGUUUAUAAUCGGAUUCAACAUCGUAAUUUGGGGAGUAAUAAACAAUCUAGGAAUGGCUGCAUUUAACGAGAGUUUUUUUUAUAACGUGACAUACAUGAUGGUGUACGUAGGAGUUGCUGUUGCAGUAACUAAAUUCUCGGGACUUGUAUUGAUACUCGGCCAGCGAUUCAAACAGUUGAAUGAAAUCAUCAAGAGUCGUGUUUACAAAUCGCGGUGGGUACACGUUGACCCCAUUAUCGAUGACAAACUCGUGGAUUGUCUUCACAGCGAGCUUACUGCUGUUGGAAUGAAGCUCAACAAUGCCUACAAAUGGUCGUUGAUACUUUGGUUGGGGAAUUUGAGCUUUCACAGUGUUUCUUCUUCUUAUUUCGUUAUUGAUUGGUUAAUGGAUGGGAACUUUCGUCUGAAUCUUAUUAAUUGUCUUCUUGGUUGGUUCGUAGCUAUGGUUUCUCAAAUUUUUUUACUAAAUUACUCUUGCCACUACACGUCUAGCGAGGCAAACUGCAUGAGCUACAUAAUGCUAGGAUGGAAACGUUGGCUCUACACCCACGAUAGCAAGAUGGAAGUGGAAACUUCUCUUCACCUGGUGAAUCGUCAGCUACAUUUCUCUGCAGAUGGAUUCUUUUAUGUUAAUCUACCUCUGUUUCAUUCGAUAACGGCUGUGUUAGCGACCUACUUAUUUAUUCUUCUUCAAUUUGAUUAAGCAAAUAAUAAGCGAGUUUUUUUU